UUUAUACCAUGAAGUUUAGGGUUCAUGGUGGCAGCAAAGGCAUCACAUUCCUUUGGAGGAGGCCCAAGUUUGUUGCCAUGGUGAUGCUGCAUUUGGCUCCUCCUUCCUAUCUGAUCCGCAGGCACAAUUCCAUCUCCAUGCAACACUCAGAGUUGAAGCUCCAAAGAAGCAGCUUGAAGCAGUCGCAGGUGUCCUCGGAUGGGGUGGACAGCAGAAGCUUGUGGCAGUCCGAGAAGAAGCUGCUGAAUCAGAGUGUCUUGGCAAUUAUAUGUGAUGAGGAACCAGGCACAAAGCUGUAUCCGUUGACAAAGAGAAGGUCGAAAUCUGCGCUUCCGAUAGCGGCGCAUUAUAGGAUAAUUGACUUUGUGGUGAGCAACUGUAUCAACAGUGACAUCACGAAGAUAUAUGCUCUAACUCAGUUUAACUCUACCUCUCUAAAUUCUCACAUAUCAAGAGCUUAUUCUGAUGUUGGCCUUGGAAAGGAUGGUUUUGUAGAGGUCUUGACUUCUUAUCAGAGCACUGAAGAUCUAGGGUGGUUUAAGGGAAAUGCUGAUGCAGUUAGAAAAUGGUUGUGGAGAUUGGAAGAGCAUCAAGUGGAAGAUGUAUUGGUUCUUCCUGGUCACCAUCUCUAUGAAAUGGAUUAUGGAAGAUUAAUUAGUGCUCAUAGAGAUACUGGAGCUCACAUAACGAUGGCAAUGGCAGCUAACGGCAGGAGGAAUUAUGAUACAUCUUUAAAUUUCCUUUUACGAGAUCCUGUUCAUGAACUGAAGUUGACAUUGGAUUCAAUUCAAGAUCAAUCUCUCGUAGUCACCACCGGCACCCGAACAUAUCCAGAUUUGGAUGUCAAGAACAUGGGAAUAUAUGUCAUUAGCAAGGAUGUGCUGUUCAGACUUCUACAAGAGGAACUACCCGAUGCGUAUGACUUUGAAACUGAAGUUAUACAAGGUGCAGUUUCCUUGGGGAUGAAGGUCCAUGCUUAUAUGUUUGAUGGACAUUGGGAUGAUCUCAUGAGCAUCCAAGCAUUUUACCAGGCCAAUAUGGAGAGCUUAUCUAAACCAUUCAAUAUCAACUUCCACAAUAAGCAGCCUGCAGUGUACACAUUGCCCAAUUAUGUUCCUCCAACUACAAUAUCCGAUGCGGUUGUAAAGAGCAGCAUUGUUGGUGACGGCUGUCUCCUAAAUAGGUGCAAGAUCAGUCACUCUGUGAUCGGCAAGGGAACAUGCAUUGGAGAUGGAGCAACGAUUGAGAAAUCUGUGGUGAUGGGGAGCGAUAUAUACCAGGCAGAGUUACAAUGGAACACAACAUUGCUGCAAGGUUCAGAUAUUCCAGUUGGCAUUGGAGAAAAGACUCACAUUCAAAAGGCUAUAAUCGAUAAAAAUGCAAGAAUUGGAAAGAAUGUUAAGAUCAUUAACCGAGACGGUGUCCAACAAUGCGAUAGAGAGGCAUGCGGAUACAUCAUUUCCGGAGGCAUUGUCAUUGUCAUGAAGAAUGCAAUCAUACCUGAUGGUAGCAUCCUAUAAUUGUUUUAACAUAGCUUAGACUUGUUGUGAAACUUAAUUCAGUUUUGGCCAAAACCACUACAAAGAUUGAAUGCCUGUCGAUAGAUAAAA